GUGUGUGUGUGUGUGCGUGUCUAUAUGUGUGUGUGUGUGUGUCUAUAUGUGUGUGUAUGUGUGUUCAUAUGUGUGUGUGUCUAUAUAUGUGUGUGUGUGUGUGUGUGUGUGUGUGUGUAUUUGUACGCAGUGGAGGAGAGACGCAGACAUCGAGAGACAGAAAUAUGAACAGCUGAUUGACAAGUACCACACCGAAUACCAGCAACUACAGGACAAGCUGCCCGCUCUGGUGCAGUCUGCCGUACUGGAGCUGAAGGACGAGGUGUCGGCUCUGCAGGAACGGCUGCGAGAGCGUGAGGAGGAAGUGACACGGGUGCGAGAGGAGGUUUCCGAGCGACUGGGACGACUCGUGCGAGAGCAGCAAGAGCAGGUGGAGCAGCUCCAGCACAAACUACAGGAGCAUCAGCAGGAGGCACACCGAGACGUCCAGCAGCUCAGUAAGGAGAACUCCGCUCUACACGAGGAGAACUGUCUGCUGCAGGAGACGGUGAGACGCGAGUGUGAGGAGCGAGCCGAGCUGACGGCCGCCCUGUCCCUGGCGAGAGAGCAGCUGCUGGGUGUCAGACAGACAGCGGCGAACUCCUCCAUCCCCCACAGCUCUGCGUCAUCCUCCCUGCCCAGCCUGAGCGCAGGACACAGCCGAGACGCCGUCACCGGGGGCAGGAGCACAGCGUCAUGGCACGGAAACCCCCGCCAGCUGCUGCCCGCUCUGCCCCGACUCACCACAGAGAGACCCGCCCCUCCGACCGGGACACGCCAUCACAUCAGCACGCUGAAGGGCAGAAAGGACAAACACUCAUGCUGAGACAGACGCUCUCACAGGUCUCUCUCCGUGGAACCAGAAAACGCCGAGAAUACAUUCCUGGAAACCUCUAGACGAAAAGCGCGUCUACUGUGAAGAUUCCCACAGUUCCGUUUGUGUCGCUCCAGAGUUUUGAUGACUUUAUUAUUCUUCUAAAAUGUGUGUGUGUGUGGGGGGGGGUCUAAUAAAGAAUGAGUGUGCGUAAACUUUUGACUGGUAGUGUAC